UGGGUCAGCCUGCUGCAUUCCGGAUGACGUUUGUUGUUCACACACUCAAUAGCGAUUCAUUGGGUCCUUUACACAGACGUUAGUUUGUAUGAUCCAAACUAAGGAGAAAGAAGAAAAGCAUGGAUCUGAAAUUUGUCGUGGCCUGGCUCUUCAUGAGCCUUUUUCUUGAGCAUUUAGCGAUUGCCACGAGUGGGAAAAAGUCUGCAAUUCUUGGAACAGGGUUCUAUCCUGAAAAUUUGAUCAAGCGUUGGAGUGAAGGCUCUUAUGGCGUGAGCGAACCUUACUUUGCACGGACCGAAGGCUUGGCCUUGUCCCAAUGGGACACACUCUACCUACGAAGUGUGGAUCUGUACAUGGGAUUCCUUCAACGAUUCGUCCUCAUCAUGAUCCAAAUUGCGCUCGUCCUGCCUGUCUUCAUCAAUUGGUUCGAGUAUGGCAAUGUUCUCAUGUAUCAAGUCGAUUUUGAUUUUUGGAACUGAAAACCACGUGGCAAGUUAUGAGUAUGGAAACGCCGGCCUUGACGUUGGAAUAAAAUCUAAAAAAUGUUCACUCUCCAGGA